GGGUAUCAGAUAGCGAAGAGAUGAUCUCCUCAACGACGUCAAAUUGCAAAUGCGAUGUGCCAAUCUGACCCAAGAUGUUUAAAGGCCGAAAAUACGUUCAUACACAUGCAGUGCAUAAUGCGUAUAUAUCGGAAAUAUCUAUCUUUGUUCCAAGGGUCUUGUAUUGCUCACUGGCGAGCGCAAUGUAGCGACGUCAUUUGUCGACCUCGAUCGAUCGAUCGAGACGAAUUCAGAUUACUGGACUUCCCCCAGCGGUACAGCAGUGGAGAGUGUACCGAGCUCGCUGCUGCCAUUCCUCGGGGACUCGGACCGCACAAGGGAUACGACGAAGGUACCGUCCAUCAUGUCAGUGGCGCAUACGGAUACCGAAUGAGUAUUGGACGAACUCGACGAGACGAGGGCUCAUUCCACGUUUGUUUGUUUGUUCGUCGAAUAAACAGUGGCAGCGAAAGUUCCCGCCGUCCAGUCCAGAGCGUCGAGUUGCGUGCCGAGCGGAGGCCGCAGACGAUCCUCUGAGUGCUCGUCAAUGAUAGGCGCCUCGGCUGUGCACACUGCAGAGCUCAGCAUCGUACAUUAUCUGGACGUGACAGACUGCUGCCGUGGUUCGCCUUUUGCUCUUAUGUCAAUCGGCUCACUCUACUCCCUCACUCCCCCUGCCUCGCUCGCUCCCUCCCUCCCUCCCCGUCUCUCUCGCUCGCAGUAGCUUGCUGGACGUUUCCUUUUCAGUCUCGAUCUAGACGGGGCCUGACUCACAAGGUGUCAGAGUCCGGCCUAAUUCGUGGCAGCGAGCGCCAGUGCGAGCGCUGUUCGCUGCCGUAGCAGUUGCGCCUGCGGUGCGGGAGAGGGGCCGAGAACAACCACCCAGGCGGCCCCGGAGUGCAGCCAUCAGCAGACCUGUGAGCCAGGCCUGGAAUUUGCCGGAGGCUUUUUCCCUCGAGCUCGGAGAGAAGAAGAUGUGCGGGAGCGAGUCACCAGCAUCAAUGUGGGUGAUGGAGGGAAUUGGAUCGUGAAUCUGCGACGAGGAGGCGCAGGCAUUCUGAGAGCGCAGGGGAGGGAGGCAGGGAGUGGCAGCUCAAUUCAGCUCGCAGGGGAGAGGGAGUGAGGGAGGGAUGGCGAAGCCCGGGUCGAAUGCAGCGCCAGCGUUCAAAGCGAUCUCGUAUCGAGCGCCGGCGCCGGCAGCGGGAGCGCAACGAGCUGCGGCGGCAGCAGCAGCGAGCGACAAUUACCCGGUGCCCGUGUACCUGGUGAUGAGGACGGACUGGCGAUUCUCGAAGCGCUCGGGGCGGCACCAGCAGCAGACGACGACGGUGGUGAGCGCGUUCACCACAUUGCAGCCGGCGCAAGAGGCAGCGCUGAUGGCGUUCGAGAAGUUCGUGGACGAGUACCACUACGCGGGCGAGCGGUCGGUGGAGAAUCGGCUGAGCUGGUACUCGUGGUGGAAUGGGCGCAACAAGGCGCACUUCGGCGAGGUGAAGGAGAUCGCCGAGGACAUGAAGAAGUGGCCGGCGAAGUGGAAGGGGCAGCCAGCGGAGGCGCGCUACGAGAAGAUGGUCGAGGCGAUGGAGGCGGUGAAGGCUCGCCUGCCCAAUGGCUCGCUCUUCCUCGUGGACAAGGCCAGCCUGCCGCCCUCAGCGCGAUCUCGCGCCGUCAGCUCGCCGGCGCCAGCGCCAUUCAAGGUGUUCGUGCUCACUGAGAACCAUUGGAGCUGGUCCAAGCCCGUGGACGUGACCAAUGUGCUCGCCAUCUUCACCUGCUUCGCGCAGGCUCGCGCCGCCGGCGUCGAUGCGUACCACGCUUACAUCCACUCGAGCCUCCAGGAGCGCAAGCGCCUCAAGUGGGACAAGCCCGGCAGUGCCUACGAUAAGAUGCUGAAGAAUGUGCUCGCUGACAAAGUCGCCUGGGAGAAGACGGCCCGCGAGUUCGGCACCAGCUUCAGCAUCGACGAGUGCUACCUCUACCCUCGCGGCGCCUACUUCCGCCACCAGGACGAGGUUCUCCCCCAGGCUCAGGAUCUCCCAUCGCUCCCGCGCGCCGGUUCAUCCCUCCGGGGAUCGUACCCUCCCGCAGCAGCAGCAGCAGCAGCAGCGCAAUCUGCCUCCUCGACUGCUGCAGCUGCUGCUGGCGAUGGGGAGCAAGCUCGAGCUGCAGAAGAUGGGCCCAGGGCUCAUGGAUUCAUCCGGAGGACGUACGCCAUGAACCCGGAGAAGAAGAAAGAUGAGCGAGCCGGAACCGAAGGCAGCGAUGGGGGAGCAGGAGCAGGAGCAGGAGCAGCAGCAGCAGCAGCAUUGGGGACGGCGGCGGCGGCGGCGGGUGGGGGUGGGCGAUUGAAGGGGAUUUUGCAGCAUCGUCGCGGAGAUGGAGAGCGAGUCCGAGAUGCGGAAGCUGUGACAGAAAGCGGGCGGCACGCCGCUGCGGCUCGCGGAGAUCAGCAUGUGAGGUUCGAGGAUGAGAGACGAGAAGGCCAUGGCGAAUUCGAGGGCGACGACGAUGCGGGAUUGAAGAAGAGGAAGACGUGGAAGACGUGGAUGCCGCCGCAGCAUCAGCAGCAGGAGGAGGAUGAUGUGAUUGGAGGCGGAGGCGGAGGCGGAGGAGGAGGAGGAGGUCCGAAGGCAGCAGCGCGAGGUCAUCAUCAUGAGACCGACCGCCGGCGAGAGAAUGAGCGCGCGAACCUCGGCCGACAGGAGUCCGGCCUUCAGCAGGACGAGGUUGCAAUUACCGAAGAGAAGGACGACAUUGUGUACCAUCGAGCGUACGCGUAUGUCGCGAGCACCAAGCGGCCGAACGAGGACGCCGAAGAGCAGCAGCAGCAGGUCGAUCGGACUUCCGCCUACACGGGCGACGACGAGCUUUCUACGGAGGAAGCGGAUUACGAGGUCGAAGAUUUCGUCGAGGCCGACGAUCACCUCGACGAUGUUCGACGCUGGGUCGAUGAGCAGGCCGACGUCGUCUUCGGCGUCGAAGGCUACGAAGAUGAAGACGAGGACCAGUUCGAAGAGUCGAUUGCCGGCGAGAAAUCCUCUCGAGACGACGAGGAGGUUCUCUCCGAAGUGGACGACGACCAGCCCGAGCUCGACAUCGAUGGCGGAAUUUUGUCAGAAAGUCGUCGUCGUCAUCAUCAUUACCAUCAUUCCGCCUGGCGUCGGAAUGAUCCUCCUCCCCCGAACGAAACCUCGGAAUGUGAGGACGAGGAGGAGGGCCUGUCGGAAGUGGAUGAUGACCAGCCUCAGUACCCGGCCACGAGCGACGUGGACGAGGGCGGCAUUCUUCCAGAAGGAGAUGGCGAUCAGUCCGAUCACCACCCCGCCAAAUCUGCGAAAUCGUCCGGGGAAGACGACGAGGAUGCGGAUGCGGAUGAAGUGAUCGAUUAUGCUCCCCCGAGUGAAGGCGAAGACAAAGGCGAAGAAGAUGCCCAGCUCGACGAGGCCGGAGGUCAAGACGAAGAGGUUCUCGUUCAGCAUGUGCAGGAUCAGCGCAAGCGACAUUGCGCCAGCAAUUCCUCCGAACUGGACAGCGACCGCGAUCAUCAGCAGCAGCAGAAGUAUCCCGCGUCGAAAUGGGAGUCAGGCGACUUCGAAGAGGAGCACGAGCAGCUGAAACGCCCGUGCAGGAAUACUGUCCGCGACAGGCAGCGGGAGGAUCGGCCUGCGGGCAACGAGAGGCAUCGAGGAAGUGUGGAGUACUACUUCACCAGCGAAGGCUAUGCGGUGCCGAAGGAGAAGUCCGUAAAAUGCAGGGAAUUGCGAUCGGGGAUGGUCGGCGGUGGUCGAUCCAGUGGGGAAGAACCCGUCGCAAGGGAAGAAGCCCAUCGCAACGAGAAGAUUGCAGCAGAGCCGAAAGCGAAAGACGAGGAGGAGCCCGAUGAGUCGAUUCCUAGCCCUUCUGCUGUGUUGCCGGACGACACUGUCGGUCGCCGACGAGAAGCUCCGCAUCUGGACCUUGUGCUCAAGCGCAAUCGGAACCAUGCGUUCCUCAAGGCAGACGAUACUUCUUCCGAGGACGGCUUCGGACGAGGUCCUGUCGGAGGAGGCUACAAAAUCCCUUCGUGACUAGGACUCAUCGUCCGGAUGAAGAAGAUGUUCAGCCGCUACAGGGCUGGUCCGGACGAGGAUUCUUCAUAAUCUCGCAGUUCUGCGCAGUUGUGCUCCAUUCUCACUCGCAAAAGUCCCCGAUCAUCAUCACGUGGUAAGAGAAGUAACCAAAGAAUCAGCCGACAAGCAUGGAGUGCAUGGAGUGCAGUACGUACCUAUAAGAGGUAUGAAGCCUGGAGAAAAAGCUCCAGCGGUUGUUUUCACCCUCUGUACAGAAGUGUUACCGACAGCGAUUAUCAGAUACAAGGAAUUGGACUUUGUUGGGGAGAAUGUGUACGUAGGCCGGUGCCGAAAACUUCCUCGGUCGACGGUGGCAACCGACGCCAGCUUCGAUCGUAGUGACGCAUCGUCUCUGCGGAUUCACGUAUUCACGUAGUACCUCCAAGUCUGGUCAACUGGACUUGGAGGAUUUGUGGGCUCCGAGGGAGCUCCUCGAGUUCAAAGUGAGCCAUCGAUAGGUAGGAGGUGGUUUGGUGUAACGAGUGUGCCUGUCAGAAUGACAUGAUGGAUAGGUUAGGUUCUUCUCCAAUUUUUUUGGUCUGACGAGAGUUGGACCUCAAGUCAUCAGCUCUUCUCUGCAGAAAUUGUACAAAUGUCAUGUAUAAACUUCUUUCUUCCGACUUCAGGGACCUUUCCAAUCCAAUGGCUACUGUGGACAUGAACAUCUGCCGUACGCUAACUUUUCCUAGCGUAUAUUCUUAUUGCAGUUAACACGAUUGCCACGAGAUUGACUUUUGUGCUCCUGGGUAUUUCCUGACGAGCCUGCUCGCAGAGUGAGAAUGCCGUCUGUCUCCAGCAUAUGGAUUUCAUUGUACCAGACUUUCGGUAAUGUUGGAACUUGAAUUUCUACCACAGAAACACUUUUGAUGGUCUCAAGUGGAUCGGCUGUAGGAUUGUAAUUAGUCGGUAUUUUAUAGGUCUGUAUAUUUCCAUCUCCGAGAAUCGAGCUUCAUACGAACACGUUGGAACAAGAGAUGUUUGUCACAAGUGUAGGCUGCAGAGACAACUGAACAGCACGGGUAUUGCGAAGAAGAGGUACGCCUUCGCGUAGGACGCCAGUAUGUACAAACUCUCCAGUUCUUGUCCAAAUAUGAAGUUUCUAGGAAACGUAUCCCCUGACGUGAUCACAGUUUGGAGGGAUAGGAUAUUAUUAUUUUGAAUACAUAAUACUUAAAAUUGGACGUCCAGUGCUAGUACCGAAUAAUAAGCGCCUGUUCCACAGGGUGUGCGUUCGCAUGUUGGAGGUAUGGGUGCGCACUCCCAACGAGUGUCUUGUAGUGUGGGAUAUCUGUACCGUACUACCAUUUUACUUGACUAGGUGCUUGAAAUGUUUACUCACGGAACUCGAAGGGUGCAAUCUCACAGCUGUAACCCAGUUUUUGGCAAG